AUGGAGACGGAGAUGGAGAUCUUUCACUCCAGUCACCCACAACACAUCCUCAAGCCAAGCAACAGCCAAGUCCCCUUCAGCUGCGGCGGCUGCAAGGAACUCGGCAUCGGCGCCAAAUACGAAUGCAAGCAAUGCGAAUUCAACCUACACAAGGCAUGUGCCACGGCGCUUCCUGUCUGUACUACUCACAUCUUCUCCAAGAAAUGUGAAUUCAGGUUCCAUGAGCAGCCUCCUGGUAUGAAGAAGAGGGAAUGUAAUGCCUGCAUGAAGGACGUGUUAGGAUUUGUUUACCACUGCAAUGGGUGCGAUAUAGAUCUUCACCCAUGUUGUGCAAACCUCCCACAAGUCCUAGACUAUGAGGAGCACAAAUUAUAUCUGUACCACAAGCUCUCCAGAUCUUGUGAUAAAUGUGGUAAAAAAGGUUCUGGUUUGUCGUAUAGGUCUGAGUGUAAGAAGUACAACUAUCAUGUAUCCUGCGUGAAGAGCUGGUUCAUGGAGAGUUGGGAAGCUAAUGAGUCUCAGAAGAAAGAAGAAAUUAUUAAGGAGAACAAGAAGGAGGUGAGGGAGUUGGAGAUCAUGAAAAUUCCAAAACAUAAAGGGACGUUGCAGAGGAACGAUGAGAGGAAGAGUACUGGUGGGAAUAAGGUAUGGAAGGUUUGCAAGAAAAUUGCUACUGCAGCAGUUGGUAUUAUAGUUGCAGCAAUUCUUGGGGACCCUACUGCUAUGAUAGUUGCUGUUGUUGGGGCUUUCAUGCCCAAAUGA